CAUCCUCCUUAGCUAGUAAAAUAAAGGCUAACACGUGGAUUUAGGUAUCUGGACUAUUUUUUUUAUUCCAGGGUAGUUUAGUGCCUUUUAUGAACUGUGCCUUGUCAACAAAGACUCUGUUCACUUAGUCUAAAGCGAAGUUGACUUGUCAGGAUAGCGCUGAGACAUUUAUUAUGGCGGACAAUGAAGAUGAAGAGUACAGAAUCAAAGAAGGUGACUGCGUUGUGUUAAAACGAGGAGGAAUCUACAAAGCUGUGCAAAUCCUACCGAGGAAGAAAGUGAUCUUUGAGAAGCAGUGGAUCUUUCUGGAUAAUGUAGUGGGGCACCUGUACUGCACCACAUUUGAGAUCUUGUCUGGAGGAGUCCUGCAACCCAAGAAGGAAGACAAGGACACAGAGAGCUCUACAGAAGUAAAAGUGACAGGAACAGACAACAGGAACAUUGUUGAUGAUGGGAAAUCACAGAAGCUGACCAGGGACGACAUUGAGACACUAAAAGAGCAAGGUCUGGAGGGUCAGGAAAUCAUUAAGCAGCUGAUCGAGAACAGCUCCACGUUCACUAAUAAGACAGGAUACGCUCAGGACAAGUACAUCAAGAAAAAGAAGCAAAAGUAUGAAAACACUGUGACGAUUCUUAAACCGACCUCUCGUAUCCUGGCUAUGAUGUACCACGGCCGCGAGCCAGGAAAGAUCUGCCACCUGCGGUAUGACACACUCGCGCAGUUGUUGACUCUGUCCAACAUCCAUGCUGGCAGCAAAGUCCUGGUGUUUGAGACUUGUGCAGGACUUGUACUGGGCGCCGUCAUGGAACGAAUGGGAGGCUACGGCUCAGUGAUUCAAAUGUACCCAGGAGGGGGGCCUGUUCGGGCGGGUGUGGAGAGCUUUGGCUUCCCUGUUCAUUUUCACAAAACGCUGCAUGAGUUUCCCAUCUGCCACGUCAACGCUUUGUUAGCUGGCUCCCUGGACACCACUGUCAAAGACCCCGCUGCUGAGGAAGAACAAAACCAGCCUGAGGCAGAGCAGCAGGAAGGCAGUCCAGAGGAGCAGCGUAUGGAGACGACCGCUGCUGAAGAUGCUGCUCCGGACCAGGAGGAACUGGAGAAGGAGAAACGAAAAGAAGUGAAAGUUCAAGAAAAAAAAGUGAAGCUGGAGGAGAAGCGGCGGAAGCUGGCAGCUGCUGCUGCUCUGCUGGAGGGCAGGGAUGCUGAUGGGUUGGUCAUAGCGAGUCGAUUCCACCCGUGUCCCGUCCUUUUGGGCCUGAUUAAAUUCCUCUCCCCCUCUCGGCCUUUCGUCGUUUAUUCACAGUACAAAGAGCCUCUUAUCGAGUGCUACACAAAACUUAAAGAACAAGGCGGCACCGUGAACCUCAAACUCACCGACACUUGGCUCAGGCAUUACCAGGUUUUGCCUAACAGGACUCAUCCUCUGCUGCUGAUGAGCGGGGGUGGGGGCUACCUUCUGUCUGGGACUACCGUUGCCUUGGACCACUCCAAGCCAGCAGGCUCCUCGCGAUCUGAGGAACCAGCCCCGAAGAGGCAAAAAACUGAAAAACUCAGAGAAUAAACGCAGAAGGAUCGGACCUGUCACGGGGAUAUUAAUCGAGAUUUUAGCCCCAACUUCACAUCUGUUGAACUGAUUUGAUUUUUUUUAGAUAAGACAGAGGUAGAGUUGCAUCCAUCAGAGCAUUUUUCUUGUUUUUGUGCAGAUUAAGGUAUAUUGACAGCUGUGGGCUAAAACAGGCCAUCUAAGCUGUUUUUCUUAUCUAGGGAACAUAAUAUAUUUUUUUAUUUUUAAGUAACAAGUUUUUUUGUUUGUUUGUUUCUUGAGACCA